AAGCUCCGGGUUGCUUGGGGAAUUCACUUUGCUGCUUUGCCGCUACUCCCUUCUCAGGCUUCUGAUGGCUUUCUGUCCCCCGCCCUGUCCUUCUCUUUAAAAGGAAAACUUUACCGAGAUUUCUUUUUUCCCUUUGGAGGAAGAGGAUUAAAAGUUCUCAGAACUGGUGCCUCUCGGGCGCCGGGACGCUGUUUGCCGGCGGGGUUCCGGUGCCACCAUGUGCACCAACAUAGUUUACGAGUGGCUGAAAGCGCUGCAGCUCCCGCAGUACGCCGAGUCCUUCGUGGAUAACGGCUACGAUGACCUGGAGGUGUGCAAGCAGAUCGGGGACCCGGACCUGGACGCCAUCGGGGUGCUGGCGCCCGCGCACCGUCGCCGCAUCCUGGAGGCCGUGCGCCGGCUGCGCGAGCAGGACGCCGCCGCCGCCGGCCUCUAUUUCACGCUGGAGCCGCAGCCGCCGCCCGCGCCACCCGGGCCGUCCCCGCUCGCCAUCCCCACGCGCCGCCGGGGGGAGUCGUGCGGCGGCCCGAGCCAGGGCCCCCGUGGGGACGCCCGCUGCCAGACGACCGCCCCUCGCGGCAGGGAGCUGGUGAGCUACCCGAAACUGAAGCUGAAGAUCAUGAUCCGGGAUAAGCUCGUCCGCGACGGCAUCCACUUGAGCAAGCCCCCGUACUCCCGCGAGGUCCCAAUGGCUGGCAUCCUAGAGUUCUUAAUGAAUUGGCCGAAGUCAUCACAGAACCGCUAGAUAUCAUUUUUGAAAACUCGUGGAGGACUGAUAAGGUGCCUGAAGACUGGAAAAGGGCAUAUUUAGAAACUUCUUUCCAAAAGGGAAAUGGAUGAUGACCCUGGAAAUACUCAUCAGCCUAACUUUUUGCUUGGAAAAAUUCUGGAAUUAUCAACUUAGUACACUGGGUAACACAUUCAUAAUAGCUAGAUAAA